UCUCAUCUUUUUUCAUUUUCCGGGGAACUGCAGAAAAAUUGAGGGAAAAAGCUUCGUGCUUGGCUUCUGCAGAGUGAAAAUGAAGCCUCUGGUUCUUCUUCGUCCUCAAACAGCUAUCUCUUGGAACCUUCAUUCUCAGCCUAGUCCUCUCCUCCAGAGUAGAAGAUUCCAUGUCUCUUGUUCCUCGCUUCAAUCAGAAUCGGAGAAAGCUAAAGAUAAUUCAGCGUCGAGGCUUGAAUACAAGCCAGGAAUCCUCGAUGACUUCUUCCUCAAUUCGUUUCGCAGCAAACUGGUCCAGGAAGUUGGAUGGGAUUCAGAGAAGCCUGGAUAUGAUGGACUUAUCGAACUGGCAAACCGCCUCCUAAUGAAGAGCAGAAGUAAUGCUGACGCUAAAGAUGCUGCGGUCCGGAUAUUGAAGUCACUAUUCCCUCCUUUUCUGUUAGAACUUUAUAAACUUCUCAUAGCACCCAUUGCAGGAGGAAAAGUAGCUGCCUUAAUGGUUGCAAGGGUGACCGUGCUCACUUGUCAAUGGCUUAUGGGCCCAUGCACUGUUAAUUCUGUUGAUCUUUCGAAUGGAACCUCGUGGAAAAGCGGGGUUUUUGUCGAGAAAUGCAAGUAUUUGGAAGAAAGUAAAUGCGUAGGAGUUUGCAUCAAUACCUGUAAACUACCUACACAGGCUUUCUUCAAGGACUACAUGGGGGUUCCUCUAGUGAUGGAGCCAAAUUUCAGUGAUUAUAGCUGUCAGUUUAAAUUUGGCAUUCAUCCGCCAUUGCCGGAAGAUGACAGCACCCUCAAGGAACCUUGCUUGGAGAUAUGCCCAAUUGCCAGUCGACGAAAUAAUAAUGUUCAAAGAAGCGAAAGUAAAAUGCAAUGUCCUAAAGCAUAGAAGUUGGCAUUAGUAAUUGUCUAUCACAUGUGAGUCUUGGCACUGUUGUCUACUGUAUCACCGACACCCACGGCUACGAAGCUUGAUGUAUGUCCAGUUCGAUAUAUUAUUGUUCAGCCUCUGUGUUAUUUUUCUUUCUUUUUUAGUUGAAGAAAAGAUUAUUAAUAUUGAUAUUUAUUUAACACCAAUAGAUCUUCAAAUUUUA